AAGAGGCUGGGGAGGCAGGCAUAGCAACCAGAGCUGGAGACUGAUGUGAACUUCAUCUCUCUCCCCAGAAAAGGCUCAACAUCAACUAUAUAGCCAACAUGUCCAAGGUGUUUAAGAAGACCAGCUCCAAUGGGAAGCUCUCCAUCUACCUGGGGAAACGGGACUUCGUGGACCAUGUGGACAUGGUGGAACCCAUUGAUGGUGUAGUCCUGGUUGAUCCUGAGUACUUAAAAGGUCGAAAGUUAUUUGUCAUGUUGACAUGUGCCUUUCGCUAUGGCCGUGAUGACUUGGAAGUGAUUGGUCUGACAUUCCGAAAAGAUCUGUAUGUGCAGACCCUGCAAGUGGUCCCAGCUGAAUCCAGCAGCCCUAAGGGGCCCCUCACAGUUCUACAGGAGCGACUGCUGCACAAGCUAGGGGACAAUGCCUACCCCUUUACCCUGCAGAUGGUGACCAACCUGCCCUGUUCUGUGACACUGCAGCCAGGUCCUGAAGAUUCAGGAAAGCCCUGUGGGAUUGACUUUGAAGUGAAGAGUUUCUGUGCUGAAAACCCAGAGGAGACAGUCUCCAAGAGAGACUAUGUGCGGCUGGUUGUCCGGAAAGUACAAUUUGCACCACCAGAGGCAGGCCCUGGCCCCUCAGCCCAGACCAUCCGCCGCUUCCUUCUGUCAGCUCAGCCCCUACAACUCCAGGCCUGGAUGGACAGUGAGGUUCACUACCAUGGAGAACCCAUCUCUGUCAAUGUUUCCAUCAACAACUGCACCAACAAGGUCAUCAAAAAAAUCAAGAUUUCAGUUGACCAGACCACAGAUGUUGUCCUGUAUUCACUAGACAAGUACUCCAAGACUGUGUUCAUUCAGGAAUUCACGGAGACUGUAGCUGCCAAUUCCAGCUUCUCCCAGAGCUUUGCAGUAACCCCAAUCCUGGCUGCCAGCUGCCAGAAACGGGGCCUGGCACUGGAUGGCAAACUUAAGCAUGAAGAUACCAACCUGGCCUCUAGCACGAUUAUUAGACCUGGAAUGGACAAAGAGCUGCUGGGGAUCCUGGUGUCCUACAAAGUCAGAGUCAACCUGAUGGUGUCCUGUGGUGGCAUCCUAGGAGACCUGACAGCCAGCGAUGUUGGUGUGGAGCUACCCUUGGUCCUGAUCCAUCCGAAGCCAUCUCAAGAGGCUGCUAGCUCUGAGGACAUAGUCAUCGAGGAGUUUACGCGGAAAGGCGAGGAGGAGAACCAGAAGGCUGCGGAGGCCGAGGGAGAUGAGGGGAGCUGAGCACCUCGCUCUGGUGCCCGUCUGUGUGGGAGCCCCCACUGUAACACUCUAAUAAAUCAGUGUGUUCAGAUGUGC